AUGGGAAGCCUUGGUGAUUGGCCCGAACCGGUGGUUUGUGUCCAAACUUUAUCCGAAAAUGGAGAGCUAAUGAUUCCCAACCAAUACAUCAAGCCGCCACUCGAGAGGCCUUGUUUAUGUACAAGCGACAUAAACAUACCAGUGAUUGAUUUUACUGGUCUGGUUACUUCACCUGAAGUAACCAUGAAGCAAAUUUCAAAGGCGUGUCGCGAUUGGGGUUUUUUCCAAUUGGUGAAUCAUGGUGUGAGGACGGAUUUGAUUGAUGGGGCUAGAGAAACUUGGAGAGAGUUUUUCCAUGAGCCUAUGGAAGUGAAAGAAAAGUAUGCAAAUUCUCCGAAGACCUAUGAAGGGUUUGGAAGUAGAUUAGGGGUUGAGAAGGGAGCUAUUCUUGAUUGGAGUGAUUACUAUUACCUUAAUAAUCUUCCUUCUAGUAAUACAAAGUGGCCUGCUCAUCCACCUUCCUUAAGAGACGUAAUGGAGGAAUACACGAAAGAAAUAUUAAGGUUAGGCGCGGACUUGUUGAAGGUAUUCUCAAUAAACCUCGGAUUAAAGGAAUAUUCACUUCAAAACGCGUUUGGUGGGAAGGACAUCAAAGCUUCUCUAAGAGCAAAUUUCUAUCCGAAAUGCCCUCAACCUGACUUGACACUCGGAUUAUCUUCCCACUCGGAUCCGGGUGGCCUGACCUUUCUACUCCCAGAUGAGCAAGUCCAUGGGCUACAAAUCCGCAAAGAUGAUCAAUGGGUGAUCGUGAAACAUGCGUCUAACGCCAUCAUUGUCAAUAUCGGAGACCAAAUUCAGAUAUUAAGCAACGCGAUAUACAAGAGCGUAGAACACAGGGUCGUUGUGAACCCAAACAAAGAGCGACUUUCUUUGGCCUUUUUCUGUAACCCAAAGAACCAGAUGCUUAUCGAACCUCUGUCCGAUCUGGUCACGCCAAAAACACCUGCUCUUUAUCUGCCGAUGACGUUUGAAGAUUACAGACGUUUCAUUCGGACAAAAGGCCCACAAGGGAAAUUUCAGCUGGAGUCUUUAAAAUCUCCAAAAUAAAUUAAAAUACUCCAUGUAGUAGUUAUCAGUUGGUUGUAAAAUCUCCAGAUUGAGAAAUAAAUAUCUGUAUAUUAUAGGUACGUAAUUGUAUAAUACUAAUAAUAUAAUAUAAUCUAUAGACUUUUGUUAAAAAUGUUGUAAUAAUCAGCUAGUAGUUUGCAAUUGCAACCAACGAUGUUAAGUUCAAUUUGAUAUAAUAUCAUACCUAAAGCUAAAA